GCUAUUCUAUUUCUUUAGGAACCAUUAUUUCUCUAUUAUUAUUCACAAAAGUUACUCAGAUCGUCGCAGUGGGGCUGGACUCUAAAGCCUAUCCUGAAUUCGGGUGGUUCCGUAACUGAAUAAUGAAGUAAUUCUAAAGCUAUCACGUGGUCGCAGCUCAACGGCCUAUUGAUAAGGACGCUGGGGCGGACGAAACCCUAGUCCCCAUCUUUGGCCGGCCCGAAUCCGUAUAUCCGGCACGGCCAUGGCGAGGCGGGAAAGCGCCGAGCGCGAGGAGGAGGAGGCGAGGGUUUGCAUCAACGAGGCCCUCACUGACGACGAGCUCCGAGCGGUGCUGGCGAGGCUGGACAGAGAGGAGGAGAAGGACACGUUCGGCCUCGUCUGCAAGCGCUGGCUCCGGCUGCAGAGCUCCGAGCGGCGGCGCCUCCGGGCCCGGGCCGGCCCCGCCAUGCUCCGCCAGAUGGCGCAGCGCUUCUGCGGCCUCGUCGAGCUCGACCUCUCCCAGUCCGCCUCCCGGUCCUUCUACCCUGGCGUCACCGACUCCGAUCUAUCGGUUAUCGUCGACGGGUUCCGGGGCUUGCGAGUUCUUAAUCUCCACAACUGUAAAGGUGUUACUGAUGCUGGGAUGAUAACACUGGGAAAUGGCCUUCCGUCGCUCCAGUCCUUGGAUGUUUCGUACUGCAGAAAACUCACAGACAAGGGAUUGGCAGCCUUUGUACUGGGUUGUUGCAAUUUGAAAAGGUUUCACCUUGCUGGCUGCAAAUCCAUAACAGAUCAUCUAUUGCAAGCUUUAUCCAGGAGCUGCUCUCACCUAGAAGAGCUAGGACUAGCAGGAUGCAACAGCAUAACUGAUGCUGGGCUCUCGAUUCUUGCAAAUGGCUGUCGCUAUAUUAAAUCUUUAGAUGUUAGUAAAUGCAGCAAGAUUGGUGAUUUGGGAGUCUCGAGAACUGCUGAGGUCUCUUCAUCAUCUCUGAAGACCCUAAAGCUGUUGGAUUGCUACAAGGUUGGUGAUAAAUCCAUAUUUACCUUGGCUAACUGCUGCCAUAACCUUGAGACCCUGGUUAUUGGUGGAUGCCGUGAUGUUUCUGAUGAAUCAAUGAAAUCCCUAGCACUUGCCUGUGGUGGCAGCCUGAAGAACUUACGGAUGGAUUGGUGUUUAAACAUCACCGAUUUAUCCUUGAGCCGCUUGUUGUCAAAUUGUAGAUAUCUUGUGGCUCUCGACAUUGGUUGUUGCGAUAAAGUAACAGAUUCAGCAUUUCAGGCACUAGGAAUGGGAGGGUUUGAGUCCGAUUUGAAGGUCUUGAAGGCCAGUAACUGCCUGCGGAUCACGGUUAUUGGAGUAGGCACAAUAUUGCAGUACUGCAAGUCCAUGGAGUAUCUUGACCUGCGGUCCUGUCCAAAUGUUACAAGGCUUGGUUGCGAACAAGCUGGGUUGCAUUUUCCAGAACGCUGUCGAACGAACUUUGAUGGCAGCUUAUCAGAGAGCGAUGCUAUGAUUGGUGGCUUCUUUUGAAGCCAGACCAAAAUAAGGGAAGGCUCUUGGCCGAAAGUUGCUCAUGUACAAGGUCACAUCAUAAUCAGCUUCCCAAUUUGUUUAGCAGCCAAGUGAGAGUAGUAAGUACGCUUAGCAGUGCUGUGAAUUCGUAUCAUGUUUCAUUGAUUUAUAUUGCUUGUCAAUCUUUGUGAUUGAAACACAAAUGCCUCAGUGGAUUUAUGUAAAUAUGUUUUGAUACUUUCAGAGCUAACUACUGUUUUUGAUGAAUAUGUCACUUGGACGAUGCGUUAGAAUAGAUGA